CAGAAUCUCAGCAUCAUGUAGUGCUAUUCAGAAGAUGACCCGUGUUCGAGUAGUGGAUAACAGCUCGUUGGGUAACACACCCUACCACCGACCUCCUAAGUGCAUCCAUGUUUACACCAAGACUGGAGUUGGAAAGGUGGGAGACAAAAUCCUCUUGGCUAUUAAGGGCCAGAAGAAAAAGGCUGUCAUAGUGGGUCACAAGAUGCCCGUAGGCUCUAUGACACCACGGUUUGACUCCAAUAAUGUAGUGCUUAUAGAGGACAACGGUAACCCUGUAGGCACAAGGAUAAAGACUCCGAUCCCCACUAGCCUGAGGAAACAAGAGGGCGAAUACUCCAAGUUGUUGGCCAUAGCACAGACAUUUGUGUGAUGCAGAUUAAAGGCACUUGUUGUACUUAUGGACUGAGCUGGGCCUGAGAUAGGCUACUGUCUGUAUAAAGGUUGUCCAUGGUAGCCCAGAAUUCAUUCUGUGCCAAAACGACUCCACACACCAUGCUCAUAAUCACCAUGCUGUAUAGUGACUACUUUAACCAAACUAAAACUAAUUAAUCUUAAAAAAAAAAAA